AUGGCGACGAGAUCCAAGCGACGGACGCCCAGGCCGCUAUGCCUGACCGACCACCCCGACGAGGUGGUCCUCGAGAUCCUCCGUCGCCUCGACAUCCGCGACGCCGUCUGCACCUCCGCGCUCUCCCACGCCUGGCGCCACCACUGGCGUCAUCUCCCUGUCCUCGAUUUCAGAGACUGCUCCUUCGGCCGCCUCGGCGUGGCUUCCGCCGCCCAGUCUGUCCUCCGGCGCCACCUUGCCUUGGUGGACGCCUUUGCCCUCGAUGCGCGUUCACCGCCGCUUCCCGAGGCCGACCACCCGCGCCUCGAUGAUCUGCUCGUCCAUCUCUCCUCCCCUCGUCAUCCCCUCGAGGCCCUCGUCCUUAAGCUCUCAUCACACAAGCUGCACUCCUCCAUCUUCUCCCACGUUAAGCUCAAGUACCUCGACCUUAAAGGUUGUCUGCUACCAAACUUUACCCCGGGUUUCUCGGGGCUGUGCAAUCUCAAAGGGCUUUAUGUGCAUUACACUGCGAAGUUGAAGCACCAUCUGAACUCAGCUCAGUUUGACAUGCUCGCGGCUCUGAUUUCUGGUUGCCCGGGGCUAGAGGAAUUGGCAGUAAAAGUUGUCCCAGAGGUGGCUGGUGUGACGCUAAAGAUUGCUGCACCUCGCCUUCGCCAUUUGGAGAUUAAAGCAUGUUCCACUGGUUGGAUGGUGGGGUUUGUGAGCCUGCUUCCCGAUCUUGCUUGCGCCAAGCUCCAAUUACCAUUUUCCGCUAUGCUCAGGAAGGGGGGGGUCAAAGCUUCUGCAUAUUUUCCAGGGCAUUUCGCACGUGGAGGAGCUGGAGUUGCUUGA